AAAGGAACUUUCCUAAGUCAGAGACUUUAGGACUCGGGACCUAGAACCAGAUGGUCCGGAGGAGAAGCAGCAGCCGCCGCCGCAGCAGGAUCUGAGCCAGCCCAGGUGGGCAGCACAGCUGGGAAGCCGGACCCAGCGCUAGAGACUGAGGCAGGAGUUGCAGGCCCCCCACGUCACCUUUGGCAGCUUGAUCCUGUGGCUGGGGGGCCCCCCCUGCGCUGUCUCCUCCUCCCUGCACCCCCCCUUUGCUUUCAUGCAACGCCUGGUGGCCUGGGACCCAGCAUGCCUCCCCAUCCAGCCGCCCGCCUUUAAAUCCAUGGAAGUGGCUAAUUUCUAUUACGAGGCGGACUGUCUGGCUGCUCUGAGCAAGGUGCACCCGCGGGCGGCAGGGGGCCGCUCCAUGUCUGAGUUCACCGUCGGGGACCACGAGAGAACCAUCGACAUCAGCCAUUACCUGGACCCCUUAGCAUCCCAGCCGCCGCCGCCGCAGCAGCAGCCUCCUCCCGCAGCAGGGGGCAACUUUGAGCCUCCCUGCAGCAGCAGCAGCAGCCAAGAUUUCCUCUCCGACCUCUUCUCCGAGGACUAUAAAGGCGGCAGCAAGAAGCCCGACUACACCUACAUCAGCCUGCCCAGGCACGGCCACCCGGGCGCCGGCCAGGGCCACAAGCCGGGGGGGCUGCUGACCUGCUUCCCGCCCCAGAUCGUGGAGACCAAAGUGGAGCCGGUCUUCGAGUCCCUGGACUCUUGCAAAGGGCCCCACAAGGAAGAAGGGGGCGCGGGGCCGGGGGGCAUGUCCUCCCCCUACGGCAGCACCAUGCGCUCCUACCUGGGUUACCAAUCGGUGCCAAGCGGCAGCAGCGGCAACCUGUCCACGUCGUCCUCUUCCAGCCCCCCCGGCACCCCCAACCCGUCCGAUUCCUCCAAAUCCGGCGGCGGGGGCUACGCCGGGACCCCUGGGGGCAAGAACAAGUCCAAGAAGAGCGUGGACAAGCACAGCGACGAGUACAAGAUCCGCCGGGAGAGGAACAACAUCGCGGUGCGCAAGAGCCGGGACAAAGCCAAACUGCGCAACCUGGAGACGCAGCACAAAGUCUUGGAACUGACCGCCGAGAACGAGCGGCUGCAAAAGAAAGUGGAGCAGCUCUCCCGGGAGCUGAGCACCCUCAGGAACUUGUUCAAACAGCUGCCCGAGCCCCUGCUGGCCACAUCUGGCCACUGCUAGCCCCGCCGCUGGACACUGCUAGAGCCGCAGUGG